AGUCGUGCCCUUAGAAGUCUACUUGGAAACUUUAUCGUGACUUCCCGUUGAAGCCUUCUCUUUCCCAUUAUUUUAGUGCCUCCCUCCCACCGAAGAAAUCCCCCCACCAAAUAAGGGGAAAAAACACUACAGUGUGUCGAUUUGAAGAACAAACGGCAGCUGAAGAAGCAACCACUUCCUCCUGCAGACACAACAUACGUAGUCCUCCAUCACAAGAGAGAUACAACCCACAAUCCAAAAUUUGUUCUUUUUUUCUUUUCUUUUCCUCCUCCUCCUGCUCCUCCUCCUCCCUUCAUCUUUGGUUCUUUUUUCGUUUUGUUUAUGUUUUCUUGAUGGAUAAAUAGAGAAGCAAACGGAAUACAGAGGGGUUUCGUGUGCCAAAACCUGGUGCUCUUAGCCAUAGGAAGGAAGAAAUUCCCACUCCCAAUCCAGCUCUUCACGUAAUUGCCCCUCAAGGGAAACCUCAUCUGCUCUGUAACCCUUUUCUCUGUCGACCCUUUUGCGGUUUUGAUCUGAUUGCUCGUCUCUUCUGGUCUUUUGCUCAUCGAGUUCGUUUUUUUUUAUUCUCUGGGGGGUGUGGUUCUUGAUCGGUCUGGGCUUCGCUGAAGCUGUUUGGAUCUCUUACCGCUGAUACAAUUGGUGGUAAUUUGGGGGGCAAUUGUGGUCUUGUGCGCGCCCGAGGAGGGUUUGAUUGGUGAUGGUUGGGGGAUUUACUGGGGUGUUCUGAGGAUUGUAAAAGUUUGAUUUUUUUUUGUUUCUUUAGAGUGUUUGGAUGUUGGGUGUGCCACAAUUCCAAAUCUUUUUGCUGAUGGCAUGCUAGUUGGGUAACAAUUCCUGUUGCUGUAUCUCAAAAUUGGGUUGGGUGUGUUCUCUCUCUCCGUGGAGGACUAGUUGUUUGCAGGCAUGAUCUGUGAGCCGUUGCUUUAAUCAUUGUCUCGGCAAAAGCUGGAGUUGCUUUAAUUGGAGACUGUGUGGUGUGGAGUUUGUGUUCUCCAUAAAAAGAUGAGUUCGAGUGUCACCGGGGGUGCGGUCCAUGAAGGCAAGCUUCUAGUGCAUAUUGCUGAAGAUGGGCACUCUUUUGAGCUUGAUUGCAAUGGGAACACUGCUGUUGGGGCGGUUAUGCGGUUCAUUGAAUCCGUUUCCGGGAUAAACUUCAAUGACCAGCUUGUCCUCUGCUUGGACACGAAGCUCGAGCCCCAGAGAUCGCUUUCGUCUUACAAGCUUCCGUCGGAUGGACGAGAGGUGUUCAUAUUCAACAAAGCAAGGCUGCAUAAUAAUUCUUUACCUCCUCCACGGGAGCAUGUGGAUGUCCUCGAAGUCACAGACCCUGCGACACCAUCCUCCUCGGAUGACCACCAUCCUCUGGAUGAUGCUUCUGAUCCUGCUCUGAAAGCUCUUCCUUCAUAUGAGCGGGAAUUUAGAUAUCACUACAAUUGUGGGAACGCCAUAUAUAGACAAACGCAGGCAAAAAAUGUGAUCUGUGAGAGGCUCUUGAGGGAGCAGAAGGUGCAAGAAAGGGCGCUGCAGGUUGCGAGAAGCAAUCUGGAACAAUACUAUAGAGUAAUUAACCAGAAUUACUCGGAAUUCAUGAAGCGCUAUUUGCAGCAGCACCAAGUCCAUUCUGAUCUUUUGGUGAAUUUCGAGAGGGAUUUGGGCAGACUUAGAUCAAUCAAACUUCACCCUCAACUGCAGACAGCAACACGGAAAUGCUUACUGGAUUUUGUGAAGGAGGAUCACUUGCGGAAGAUGGCAGAGAACUGUAGCAAUUCUCACAGGCAGUUUGAGAAUAGAGUUUCUCAGUUCAAGCAGACGUUUGGUGAAAUGAAGCGCAAGGUCGAGGACUUGUUUUCUAGCAAAGUCGCCGGUCCUGCCAGGAACUUGGAACUGAUGAUUAAGGAGCACCAACGUUACAUAAAUGAAGAGAAGAGUAUAAUGCAGUCUUUGAGCAAAGAUGUAAAUACUGUCAAGAAGCUAGUGGAUGAUUGUUUGUCUUGCCAAUUAUCUUCUUCUCUUCGCCCUCAUGAUGCUGUUUCAGCUUUGGGUCCUAUGUAUGAUGUCCAUGACAAAAAUCAUCUUCCAACAAUGCGAGCUUGUGACAAUUCAAUCCGUAAGCUGCUUGAAUUAUGCAAGGAGAGCAAGAAUGAGAUGAACUUUUUUGUACAUAGCUAUAUGCAGCGGAUAGGCUACAUAUCUUAUUUCAUCAAAGAUAUAAAGUUGCAGUUUCCUGUUUUCAAAGAGGCAAUGGCACGCCAGGACGAUCUAUUUAUGGACUUGAAGGUAGUACGUGGAAUUGGCCCUGCAUAUAGAACCUGCCUUGCUGAAGUUGUUAGAAGAAAGGCUUCUGUGAAACUUUACAUGGGCAUGGCUGGACAGUUAGCUGAAAGACUUGCAACAAAGAGGGAGGCUGAGGUCAGGAGACGAGAAGAAUUUUUGAAAGCACAAAGUUCAUAUAUACCUAAAGAUAUACUAGUAUCUAUGGGACUAUUUGAUAUGCCAAACCAGUGUGAUGUGAAUAUCAUGCCCUUUGAUACUGGUUUGCUGGAUGUAGACAUCACGGAUCUUGAUAGAUAUGCUCCUGAGUAUUUAGCUGGAGGUCUUUCUAGGGGGGAGAAGCAUGGAAACAUGAAAGGUUCAUUUUCCAUGUCUAGCGACAGUUUGAAUUCUGCAGAAUCAUUUUCCUCAGAAUUCCCUCAAGGUGCAGAGGAUUUGCCUGAGGGCAGUGAGCUGGUAGAGAUUGCUGGGACGAGCAAAAUGGAAGUUGAGAAUGUAAGGUUGAAGGCAGAACUUGCUUCUGCAAUUGCUAUGAUAUGCUCACUCCGGCAUGAAGUUGAGUUCGAGUCUCUUGAUGAAAAUAGUCGUGACAUGCUACUAAAGACUGCUACCGAAAAGACAGCCGAGGCCUUGCAUCAAAAGGAUGAGUAUCGCAAACAUCUUGAAUCUGUACUUAGAGAGAAGCAAUCGCAGUGUUCCUCCUAUGAGAAACGAAUUCAAGAGUUGGAGCAGAAAUUAUCUGAUCGAUAUUCGCUAGAACAGAAGCUUUCAACUGGCAAGGAUGCCUUUGAGUUUGAAAAUUCCGCAGGUGCAAAGGCUGAAGGAUGCAAGCUUGACACGAUAGGCAGUGGUGAAGUUCACAUGCCGUGCACAUCCACUGCUGAUUCUAUGGACGAGGUUUCCUGCAUUUCAAAUUCACUAAAUGCAAAGCUGGGAAUUUUUACAAGGCAAUCAGGCAAAGCUCGAGAAGGAGUGGAUGAGAAUAUGAUGGAUUCAUCUGGCUUGCUUCAAACGCAGUUGGAUUCAUCAAUGCAGGAGCCACACCGUGAAGAACUGCAUGUCAUUGAUAAUGACGAGAAGGAUAAAAUGCUGGGACCUUUAGGCAUGUCAUCGACAAACAGUUGUGCUGCUGAAAGCAUGCAUGAGCCUCUGAAUGUCUUGUCUUGUGAUGCAGUUGCUGAGGCAGGUUUAAAUGCCAAUGAGUGUAAUGAUCUCAUACUUGAAUUACGGAGUGCUCUGGCUGACAAGUCAAACCAAGUGAAUGAAACAGAAGCUAGACUAAAAGCUUCAAUGGAUGAAGUAGUCGUGCUAAGGAGAGAACUGGAAGUUAGACAGAAACUUCUUGAUGAGUCUCAGAUGAAUUGCGCUCACCUCGAGAAUUGCUUGCAUGAAGCAAGAGAAGAAGCCCAAACCCAUCUUUGCGCUGCCGAUAGGAGAGCUUCAGAGUAUAGCGCCCUUCGUGCAUCUGCGGUGAAAAUGCGCAGUCUCUUUGAAAGGCUGAGGACAUGUGUAUAUGUAACUGGAGGCGUUGCUGCCUUUGCUGAUUCCUUGCGUGCCUUGGCACAAUCCUUGGCCAAUACUGCAAAUGAAAAUGAAGAUGAUGGUAUUGCCGAGUUCCGAAAGUGUAUUAGGGUCCUUGCGGAUAGAGUUGGUUUCCUAUCUAGGCACCGUGAAGAGCUGCUUGAUAAGAAAUCAAAAAUCGAAGCUGCUAAUGAGCAGCUGAGGAAGGAGUUGGAAGAAAAGGAGGAGCAAGUUAAGACACUGUAUAAAAAGCAUCAGCUUGAAAAACAGGCAAACAAGGAAAAGAUAUCAUUUGGCCGCCUGGAGGUCCAUGAGAUAGCUGCAUUUGUGCUUAACUUGGCUGGGCACUACGAGGCUAUAAAUAGGAAUUGCUUGAAUUACUAUUUGUCUGCUGAGUCCGUGGCGUUGUUUGUGGACCAUCUCCCAAGCCGACCAAGUUACAUUGUUGGGCUGAUCGUACACAUCGAGCGCCAAAUUGUGAAGCCUUUGCCUUCUCCACACCGACCUGAGCAUAUUAGGGCAGAUCCUGUAGAUCAACUGACUUCUGACGCAGAGACUGACCGGCCGGCCUUGAGCGUUUCUGGGUCGACUGGAAAUCCAUAUGGUCUCCCUGUUGGCUGUGAAUACUUCGUAGUGACAGUAGCUAUAUUACCUGAUACUGCCAUUCAUUCACCACCCACUUCCUGAUCCCUGCUGCAGACAGAGACAGACAUGAUGGAAGAAAAUAAGUGUACAUAGGGGGAUGAUCGUUUUAACUGUUCAAAGUGGAAUUUGUCUUGGUGGGAGUUGUUAACUUGAUUAGUUUUCUGUACAGCUGAAGAAUUGAUUGAGUUCGAAUCUCCCAUUUGUACAUAAAGAUUAUUCCUUAGGUUUCUUUA